AUGAGCGGCUUCACGUUAAUCUUCUUAGCGCUUUGGGCGUUGCUCGAUCCACGCCGUAGUUACGUGCUUGACUUGGUAGAUUUCUCCGAAGAUGAACCGCUGCUGAAAGCAGCCGUUUACAUGUGCAUUAUUGUUGGCGUUGCCAUAUUACUGGUCGGAUUCAUUGCAUGUUGUGGAGCCAUUAAAAAAUCACGUUGCAUGCUAACCACUUUUGUAAUCUUCGUGGCAUUGAUUUUUUGUGCCGAAUGCGUGAUUGGAGCUUUGGCCAUAUCAUACCGUAGCAAGUUUGAUGAUGACUGGAUGAGUAUUUAUGUGAGAAAUUUGACACAUUCACGCUACGAGCGACUCUACUGGGUAACACCAUUGAUUGAUGCAAUUCAGUAUUACGUAAUGUUUUAUUCAUUAAACUUUUAUUUUUUUAUUUUUUGUCUUUAUGGCAAUGCACUGUCUACGAAUUUAAGCCUGAAGGAAAUGCAACAGAUGGAACGAAGUCAUAAAUUGCAGUUUUUGGUGAGUAAUUUCGAUGUAAAACUAGUGAGAAUGAUGCGAGAUGAAUAUGGUAUACGUUUAAAUAAUCCACGAAACAACCGCAUCACACAACUGAUCGACCGACUUCAGUUCUACGAAGAAUGUUGCGGGUCAAAAAAUGCGACGAAUUGGGAGGGAAGUCGUUGGAAAAAGACGAGCGCCGCUAGUCUGGGCAAUAGUUUAUUAAGCAACUCUGCAGUUGCAGCAGAUUUCCCGGAUUUUUCCGAGGAACGGGCUUAUGCGGCGCUUUUCAGCUCAGUACCAGUGACAUGUUGUGUACAGUUGUCGGGUGCUACACCAGUCAAUCCGGUUGCACGAAGUAUGGCCAGAUGUCAACAACCUCAGGCCACAAAGUGGUGGCGAUACCAAGUGGUGCGUGUUCCAUGCAAGUCAUCUAGAACGAGAAAAGUUCAGUAUAAGUCUUAUGGUAAAUUUUUCCGUUACAAAGUGGCAGCCAUAAGAACGGUUCUUGAUGUCCAAAAGACUACGCCGACUCAUAUUGGUUCAAAACAAAUACCCUCCGAGGGACACGCUCCUUCGUGCCGGCCUCUUGCUGAAAUAACAGAAGCGCAUCCAAAUGGAACUUACAUGACUGGCUGGGUAAGUGAAGAAGAGACUUGGUGA